UGUCGGUGUCUUCUGGAGGACGAGUCGGCGCUCCUGAAGCACGAGUGCGCCUAUUGUUUGGGACAAAUACAAGACACUCACGCCAUACCUGUCCUCAACCGAGUGUUGGCCAACACUGACGAACAUCCGAUGGUUAGACACGAGGCGGCCGAAGCACUCGGCGCUAUCGGCGCUCACCAAUCGCUGGACGUCUUAAAGAAAUACUUAAGCGAUGGCAACAAAUCGGUGUCCGAAACGUGUUUACUAGCGAUUCAACGGAUCGAGUAUUUGUUGAACAAAACCAAAGACCUCAUUACCGACGGCUCGUCCGUACCGUUCAAGUCUGUGGAUCCGGUGCCACCGCUUCGAUGCGAUGAGAGCGACAUAUCAAAGCUCGACCGGUAUCGAGACCGGUUUCCAGAAUUUACGCUCCUGAGCCGCGAAUUCAGGCACGAAGUGGCCUAUGUUUUGGGCCAAAUGCAGAACCCGUCGACUGUCACACAAUUGGCCGCAAAUUUGGCAGAUUUUGACGAAAACGAAAUGGUUAGACAUGAAUGCGCUGAGGCUUUGGGCGCCAUCGCCACCAAUGAUGCACAACAAGAGCUCAACAAAUAUAUCAAAGACUCCCAAAGAGUGGUCAGAGAGUCGGUGGAAGUGGCCCUCGAUAUGAGUGAUUACAACAAUAGCGAAGAGUUUCAAUACGCGAAUGCUUUGAAAUAA